AUGACCACUUCCGUUUCCUCCCGCUUCUCCCCUCAUACCCUCCCCUCCUCCUACCCUCUGCGCCUACUCUCCUCCCCUCUUCCCUUCCCCUUCCCCCCGCUCACCAGCAGUACAGGAGCGCAGGGAGCAGAGCUACUGCAGUGCGAGGGGGGCAUACUGGCCAGCGAGGCUGUAGACCUCUUCCGGCGAUUCUACGAGCAAGGCAACCCCAACGGUCUCACCAAGGCCCCAUCGCCCCGUCAAGCCCGGGACGCCUGGGGCCAAGAUCACAACCUGAUGAGCCAGACCUGGUUUGGCUGCCGGCCGGCCUUCUCACGCUCAAUUCAAACUCUUGCUCACUUCGCAUCGCAUGCCUUUGCCGUGUCGUCCUUUCUCCGCUCUGCUGGUUGCUUUCAUGCUGCUCAGUGCUCGCGAUCCAAGCCUGUUGCAUCAAAUCACCCUGUUUGCCAGGCCAGGCCUAUGGCAGUUUCUCCCAACCUAGCAAAACACAGCUCGGCAGACUCAAUGGCUGCCACGGACACUGCUGCGGACGAGCUGGACGACGACGACAAUAGGGGUGGGAAGAGUGGGAAAGGGUGGGAGGGGUGGGAUGGGUGGGAAGGGUGGGGUGGGAGGGGCUGGAGUGGUGGGGGAGGUACGAUGGGUGAGAGAGGGAGGGAUGGGCAGGUGGGGUGGGAGGAUGUGGAGGGGUGGGAUGGGUGCGAUGGCAUGCGUCCAUAUCAUCUUCCAUUCUUUGGAAGCUUCAGUGUUCCAACUCCCUUCCUCACGGCGUGUUUCUUCCCCUCCUCCCCUCCCCACUUCCCCCCCUCCCCCCCUCCCCACCUUCCCCUCUACCCCCCCUCCCCCUCUCCCCCCCUUCCCCACUUCCCCCCCCCCAUCCCCCCCUUCCCCUCUUCCCCCCUCCGCCCCCAGGUCUCACCCGUGUGUUCUACGGCUGUCCCAACGACCGCUUCGGCGGCUGCGGAUCCGUGCUCUCAGUACACGCCAAAGGAUGCCGCCCCUGCCCGCCCUUGUAUGCUCUGCUGCAAUCUCUGCCUGCUCUCCCCCUUCCGCAACCCACUCCCGCCUCCGCUUUACGUUUUUCUUUCCCGCACCAACUCAUGCAAGGAGCUGACUGCAUGUGGACUUCCGUUUCCUCCCGCUUCUCCCCUCAUACCCUCCCCUCCUCCUACCCUCCGCGCCUACUCUCCUCCCCUCUUCCCUUCCCCUUCCCCCCGCUCACCAGCAGUACAGGAGCGCAUGGAGCAGAGCUACUGCAGUGCGAGGGGGGCAUACUGGCCAGCGAGGCUGUAG